UAGUCCCGCCCCACAGUCUGAGCCAUCUUGUAUUUAGCAAGAACAAAACCAGAGCGAGGAGCCGCGGCAGCCGCGUCAGGGUGAUCCGCAGAUCGUCACUCAGAUCCCGGGGAGAGGUUGAACACGUGUCGGUGCAGCGGGACAGCAUGAGCCGAGGAGAAGCCCCGCAGACAAACAGCAGCCACACCCCGCUCCAGCGCUAGCCCCACCGCUAGCCCCGAGCUAUCACCGCUAAGCUAGCCAAUUAGCUAAGGCUAGUGACCCAGGAACGUUGAAGCGGUGACCGGCGAGUCCACGGCUCGGUUCCCGGCUCGGACGCCUGGAGCCUUCUCCACAGUGGGCUCUGCAUUCAGGGGGAGUUCGGCGGGAAUGGCCCGGACGUCGUGUUGAUCUUCCGCUGAGAGGAAACCGGGCUAUGCGGCUGGAGGCUCGCUAGCUCGGCUGCUAACAGUUGUUUUUCGGUCCAGACAGGAACCACAAUAAGCCGCGGCCCUGGCCAUGCCCGCAAGUAUACGGGCGGGCAAUCUGAAAGACCCCGAGGUGGCGGACCUCUUCUGCAAAGAUGAUCCGGAGAUUCUGUUCGCUGACCUCCGUGAGAUCGGCCACGGCAGCUUCGGAGCUGUGUAUUUUGCCCGAGAUGUGCGCAACAAUGAGGUGGUGGCCAUCAAGAAGAUGUCGUACAGCGGCAAGCAGACAAACGAGAAAUGGCAGGACAUCAUUAAAGAGGUGAAGUUCCUGCAGAAACUUCGCCACCCGAACACCAUCGAGUAUCUGGGAUGUUACCUGAAGGAGCACACAGCAUGGCUGGUGAUGGAGUACUGCCUCGGCUCAGCCUCAGACCUGCUGGAAGUUCACAAAAAGCCGCUUCAAGAAAUGGAAAUAGCUGCUAUUACCCACGGUGCACUGCAGGGAUUAGCAUAUCUUCACUCUCACAAUAUGAUUCACAGGGACGUGAAAGCAGGCAACAUCCUGCUGACGGAGCCGGGUCUGGUCAAACUGGGCGACUUCGGUUCUGCCUCCAUCGUGGCUCCGGCCAACUCCUUCGUGGGGACUCCCUACUGGAUGGCUCCGGAGGUGAUCUUGGCCAUGGACGAGGGUCAGUAUGACGGCAAGGUGGACGUCUGGUCGCUGGGCAUCACCGCCAUAGAGCUGGCGGAGAGGAAGCCCCCCCUCUUCAAUAUGAAUGCUAUGAGUGCCUUAUAUCACAUCGCUCAGAACGAGAGCCCCAUCCUCCAGUCCAACCACUGGUCGGAUUCCUUCCGCAACUUUGUGGACUCCUGCCUGCAGAAGAUUCCCCAGGACCGGCCUACCUCGGACGUGCUGCUCAAUCAUCGGUUCUUGUGCCGCGAGCGUCCUCUGACCGUGAUCAUGGACCUGAUCGCACGAACCAAGGAUGCGGUUCGGGAGCUGGACAACCUGCAGUACCGCAAGAUGAAGAAGAUCCUCUUCCAGGAGACCCAGCAGAACGGCCCGGUGUCCGAGGGGGGGGAUGAGGAGGAGGAGGUGGAGCAGUACCUGUUGCGGACGGGCACCGUCAACAGUAUGGAGAGCUCCCAGUCAGUUCCCAGUAUGUCCAUCUCAGCCAGUUCUCACAGCAGCUCUGUCAACAGCCUGGCCGACGCCUCUGACGACAGCAGCAACGAGAUGGCCAUGAUGCAGGAGGGCGAACACACCGUCACGUCCAACAGCUCCAUCAUUCACCGGCCCACGGGUCAGGAUAACAUCUAUGACGACCCUUACCAGCCCGAGAUGGACCAACCCCAGGUUCCCUCGGCUGGACGCCGUCGAGCCUACUAUCGUAACCGGGACCACUUUGCCACCAUCAGAACUGCCUCCUUGGUGACCCGUCAGAUCCAGGAGCACGAGCAGGGCUCCGCUCUGCGAGAACAGAUGUCCGGAUACAAACGAAUGAGGCGGCAGCACCAGAAGCAGCUGAUGGGGCUGGAAAACAAGCUGAAGGCGGAGAUGGAUGAGCACCAGCUGAAGCUGGACAAGGAGCUGGAGAACCAGAGGAACAGCUUCUCCACCGAGGCUGACAAGCUGUCCAAGAAGCACCAGGCCAUCCUGGAGAAAGAGACGAAAGCAGCUCUGGCGGAGGAGAAGAAGUUCCAGCAGCACAUACAGGGUCAGCAGAAGAAGGAACUGACCAGUUUACUGGAGUCACAGAAACGCCAGUAUCGCCAACGCAAGGAUCAGCUGAAAGAGGAGCUGAGCGAGAACCAGUCGACGCCGAAGCGCGAGAAGCAGGAGUGGCUGAUCCGGCAGAAGGAGUGUCUGCAGCAGAUGCAGGCGGAGGAGGAGGCCAGUCUGCUCCGGAGGCAGCGGCAGUACUACGAGCUGCAGUGUCGUCAGUACAAGAGGAAGAUGCUGCUGGCUCGACACAACCUGGAGCAGGACCUGCUGCGGGAGGACCUGAACAAGAAGCAGACUCAGAAAGACCUGGAGUGCGCCAUGCUGCUGCGACACCACGAGUCCACUCAGGAGCUGGAGUUCAGGCAGCUGAGCUCCGUGCAGCGGACUCGGGCCGAACUGAUCCGAACGCAGCACCAGACCGAGCUGACCAACCAGAUGGAGUACAACAACCGCCGUGAGCAAGAACUUCGCCAGAAACACACGGUGGAAGUCCGGCAGCAGCCCAAGAGCCUCAAGACCAAAGAGAUGCAGAUCAAGCGCCAGUUCCAGGAGACGUGUAAGAUCCAGACCCGUCAGUACAAAGCUCUGAGGAACCACCUGCUGGAGAGCACUCCCAAGUCCGACCACAAGGCCGUCCUCAAACGCCUCAAAGAGGAGCAGACGCGUAAGCUGGCCAUCCUGGCCGAGCAGUACGACCACUCCAUCAACGACAUGCUGUCCACACAGGCUGUGAGUAAGCUGCGACUGGACGAGACCCAGAUGGCGGAGUACCAGGUGCUGCGGAUGCAGCUGCAGCAGGAGCUGGAGCUGCUCAACGCCUACCAGAGCAAGAUCAAGAUCCACACGGACACGCAGCACGAGCGGGAGGUGAAGGACCUGGAGCAGAGGGUGUCCAUCCGCCGAGCGCUGCUGGAGCAGAGGAUCGAGGAGGAGAUGCUGUCGCUGCAGAACGAGCGGUCGGAGAGAAUCCGGACUCUGCUCGAGCGCCAGGCGCAUGAGAUCGAGGCCUUCGACUCGGAGAGCAUGCGGCUCGGCUUCAGCAACAUGGCGCUGACCGGGAUCCCCGCCGAGGCCUUCAACCAGGGCUACCCCACCCCCAGCCCCUCGUCGGGCUCCAGCGGCUGGCCCUCGAGGCCCGUCCCGCGCUCGGGCAGCCACUGGAGCCACAGCGUGCAGAACUCAGUGGCGACUCCAUCCUGGCGCAGUCAGAACCACGGAGGAGGAGGAGGAGGUGGUGGAGGUGGAGGUGGUGGAGGAGGAGGAGGUUUCAGCCGUGCAGAGUCCAUCACCUCCUCCCACGGCAUCGGCAGGGACAGCGAGAUGAACAAGGGCAGCAGGGGCCACUCGUCCUCCCACCAUCACCAUCACCACCACCACCACCACCAGCAGCAGAUGCAGCAGCAGCAGCAGCAGAUGCAGCAGCAGGCCUACCUCCCCCAGCACUACCAGCACCACCAGAGCACGCCGCAGCUCUACCGCGACAGCCAUGAGCGCGACCCCCGGGAGCGUGAACGUCCCAGGGAGUGGGUGGGAGGAGGGGGGCACUACUCCCAUCACCCCCAGGGACACCACCACCACCACCACCUCUCCACCCACGCCUCCUCCCAGUCCCUGGCGCUUCUUCCACCACCGCCGCCGCCUCCCCCUAUCUCCCUCUCCUCCUCCUCUCCCCCCUCCUCUGCCUCAUCCUCCUCCUCGUCACAAGGAUGCUACGCAGGCGGGGGCCUGAGCGUCAGGGGCCCCAAUCUGAUGGCCCUGAGAAACAGCCCCCAGCCUCUGAGGAGGACGGCCUCGGGGGGGCCAGGGAGUGGUGGGGGGAGCGACGGGGGGCUCAGCCGGAGCACAUCCGUCACCUCCCACAUUUCUAACGGCUCCCACCUCUCCUACUCAUGAAACCUCCCGAGUCACGAGGAGCAGCAGCAAGUCAGGAGAAGAGAGAACGAUUUUUAAAGUCUACAUUUUCAGAUCUCAUUUCUUAAAGUGGAGAAGAGAGAGAGAGGAAGCUUUUAUCAAAACAGAAACUAGUAUUAACCCCCCCCCCCCCAUAGUAAUGGCGAUGAAACAAACAAUCCAAAAAAGUGGCCAAACACGUCAACGUGUGAAAUCCGACAUGAGAAGAACGAUCGUGUCUCAUCCCAGAAGAAGAAGAAGAAGAGGAAGAAGAGGAGUUCACACAGUGAAGCUGCUGCACAGACGUGACUCUGCAGUGAGAUGUUGGAGGAGACGUCCCCGAGCUCCCAGUCCGUCAGCUGCUCCCAGCCCGUCAGCUGCUCCCAGUUGGAGCAGGUGGAUGUUCAGGUCACAUGUUUUUUUUAAAUCAGUUCUUUUGUGGAGUUCCACUUGGUCUGCUGGUGCUUUAAAAACCACUGUAACUAUGUAAAUACCAGUCGAUUGUAAACCUGGUGUCUCCGUGUUCCAUACGUUCAGACGAGAUGUUACAAAACACACUGCCAUCUUUUUGUUAGGAAACUCGACCACUGCCCUUUGACCUCCUUAAAGGAACCUCCCACAUUUUGGGUCAUGAGCUCAAGAGCUGACUUCACCAUCUUCUCAAGUGAAGAUUUUUAUGAAUCAGUUAUUAGUAUUAUUUUUUUUUGGAGAAACACUGGAAGCAGGCAACUUCCAAGUCUUUAAAACGUCUUCAAAACGUCACAUUCUCACGUUUCAACGACGUCUCACAAGAAGAAGAACACGAAGGAAAAGGAAACCAGCCUCGUUUGUUUCAGGUCUUACGGUAACGGUUCUUUGUAACUUUUCAGUGCUCCUGUACCGUAAAACCUCAAAUAAACUAGCAUCACAUUUCCGAUGACCGUAUCCGUUAUCGAUAUACGUUUUUUGAGAUACAUAUAUAUAUAUAUAUAUAUAUAUAUAUAUAUAUAUAUAUAUAUAUAUAUAUAUAUAUCAAAACCUUAUCACAAAGACAUGUCAUUGAGGUUUAAUAUUUUACAGUUUAAACAUUACACUUAGUUAUAAAUUGCUCUAAAAGAAAACAAAAUAAUUUUGAAGCUCUUUUUAGUAUUUCCUCUUUUUUUGAGCUGCAGUAAAUGAACUUGAUGAGACGAUGACAUCAUCUCCUCAUGUCACUGCAAAAACGAGAAUCUCCAAAAUGUGGGAGUGUUCCUUUCAGGAGAUGCUGCCAGAAAGUGGAUGUGUGCCAGUAUGGAUGUGUGUGUGUGUAUGGAUCGAGUGUGUGUGUGCAGCACUGACAGCUUCACUCGUCUCCCCCCCCCCCCCCCCCCCAAAGUUUCUCUGCAUCUGUAGAUAAAAUGAUAAAAUGUACAUGUGCUUAAACAGAUUAGUACAACUCGGUGCAUGGAGCCUGUACAGACGCAUUUGUAUGAAUAACAUGCACACUACCUAUUUAUAUAAAUGCAUAUAAAUGUCAGAUACCUGUGUAAAUGUGGCAGCAGGUAUCCUGAAGAUUGUUCACUGUCAAACACGUACUUAUAUCAUUGUACAUAGAAGCACUAACUUCUUCUGAGACCUUGUUUGAGUAAUACUGACCAUUACUUUGUCACGUGACUCCUACAGAUUUGUCCUAGAAGCAGACGAAUAGAUGCUGUCAUGAUUAUUUCUUCUACUGCAGGUGGAAUAUUUAUGUUACGCUUAUUUCUAAGUUUUAAAAUGUUAUUGCCAUUUUUGACCACUAGGUGGGGAAUAAGCGCAAUGUUACUGUGAUAGAGCUAUAAAUAUAAAUCCUAGUGUUUUUAAGGAGGACAAAAGGACUACGUUUCCCAGCAUUCCUGUGGAGGUCUCAGGGCGAGGUUCUGGGCUUUGAUCUUUAUUUUAGUUUCUUUGAGCCAGUAUUAAAACAUCGAGCGUCACAGUCGAGCUGAAUUACAGACAGAUAUCCAGAUUCUUUUACUAAGUUUGGUGCCAUAUUUUUAUUCUUUUUAUUUUUUAUUGUAUGUGACAUUUUGCUCUUUACUGUGCGAAACGUUACGUUUGCUGCAAAACAUGGAGCCCGAAAAGUGUUCGGUAUUAGAUACAUGAAAAAAAGAAGAAAAUGAUGACAUUUAAAAAAACUCAAUAAAUGACAAAACAAA